AGGGAGCACAUCCAAAAAGCCAGCAUCUUUUUUUUAGCAUCUUCAGUUGCACAAUUAUAGAGUUUUAUGAAAUAAAACACUCCUGAGGAGUCACUUAAAGGGGGACAACUGGUAUUCAGCAUUGUUUUUAACGGUUGAUAACAAAUACAUACUGUAUAUAUAUGCUGCAUGUAAGACCACAACACAACUUAAAAUCAUACAUUCAUAGUAAUAUAAGUUUUUUUUCUUCAUAGGUAAUAUCCAUGACAUUGUUACUGUUGUUGCAAACUAAAUCCCCAAACCCAAUAUUAUGAUUGUUUCCAUAUUUGCAUGGAAGAAAGUCCAGUGAAACCUUGUUUAGCAUCUGCUAAAAGCUUUUUGUGAAAAGCUACGUUUCAAGCAUAACCUUCACUUUGACACAAAUGUAGCCAUAUAUAUCUAGCCAAAAUGUCUAAAUAACCACGCCACAAUAUAAUAUUAAAAAUGGUUGUUUUACAUGAAAAAAAUGUUUUAACAAAUAUAACACUAUGAACUAAUAGUAGACGCUAGUAACCAGAGGGGGUCAGUAUUGAUACCAUAAGGUUAUUGUAGCUACCUCAACACUAAAGGAAGAAGGGGGAACCGGAAGUAACCGGAAAUUAAAGCACAACCACAUCAGAGGGAAAACCGUAGGCCGGAAUUAAACUUUAAUAUACGUGGUGGUUAAUCUAUAGUUUGAGGCAGGCUGUGUAGAUCUUUUACCAGAAACAACGAUGGAUGAAGAAACGCCGACUUUGUUUACUAGCUUGCUAGCCUGCCAUCGUUUGCUUGUUCCUGGAAUUAGCAUGCCUCUUUCAAGUUGGUGUUGAGCCUCCACGGGUGGAAUAGGACCAACUUAUUUGAGGAAAUCAUGUAUUCCACACGUCGAGAUGACCGUGCAGCUCAAAGAGGGACGGGUGUCUUCUACCAAGCCAUACCUGGGGUGGGAUCUGACGGAAAGAAGAUCAUGACGCUGAUUCCUGUUCAAUUGGUCAAUGGGAAAUUUGUCCAUACUCAAAUAGUCAAACCGCAAACACAUCCUCCAGCAUGCAAGUUUAUACCAGUAGCAGGUGCAGCUGCACCUAUUCCCGGUGGAAGAAAGGCAGCCUUGACUUCUUUACCGACAAAACAACCAGGCAACGCGCAGGUUCCCUUUGUGAAUGCCUUACCUGAUGCACUUGGUACAGCAAAUCAAGGACUGGCGCUUGGUAUGUCAUCAAAUACCUAUUCACGAAGGAUUGUUGUACAGAAAGUGCUCCCCAGAGUUCUGGUGCGAGCAGCUCCAGCUUCUGAACCUGCCUCCCCAUCAGCCAACACCUUAUCAUGUUCGACACGUAGGACCAACGGCUUGUCAAUGACAACACAACAAAGCAGUGCUCUUAAAAAUAAUUCAGAAGCUGAGUAUAUUUGCUCAACACCGCCGAAGACUUCACCGUCACUGGGAGUAUCCAAAGCAGAUUUGAGGUUAACUCCAAAGGUUUCUCAUAGCUCCAACAGUCCGAUGAAGUGGGUGAUUGAAGAGGUUAACUCUAACGAAUUAUCUCUUGACCAUUCACAUUCAGUUCAUCUCAAGCCUGUUCAGACAGCGAAAAAGGGCAACGAAAACAUGGAAGUCGUGGAAAGAGUGAAACCAGUUUCUCCAACACUCUUGACCAGAAGCUCCAGUAGUGAGAAUGAUCAUCGAAAAGAGUUGAUCAUGUGUGAUGGCAGGCUGUUUUUUGCUGCCAAAAAGUGCAGCUUUUCACUUCCAAAAGGCAGCAAGGAAACAGUUUCGCCCACUGCAGAAGCAAAAGCCCCAGUAGUAGUUUCAGAGGCGCCACAUGAAGUGAUAGACCUUUGCAAUGACGACAAUGAAGAGGAUUCAUGUCAAACAACACGAUUGACCGCUUCUUUGGAUGAAGAUAACGUCAUAUUUGUGUCAUACAUUCCUCCGAAAUCGGAAUCCACCCCAACCCAAUGUCUGGUACCAGAGUCACUUGAGAAUGAAACCACAAGGAACCUGCGAAGUGUGACUGAACAUAACAAGACAACCCUCAGUUCUGAUACUGUCCAUGAUCAGCUAACAUGUGAAAGCCCAAACACAAGGGUCACAGCACUAACGGAUAGCAAUAUGGACGCAGUCAUAAACAGCCAACGGAGCACUGAACAACAGUCUGACAACUUGCAGCUUUCCUUAGAAAUGACAAGUCUGUCCGAUUCCAGUAUUUCAGACCGCAACGAAGGGGAAGCCACAGAUAAACUAAAGAUGUCUACAAAUGCACUGACAGUUAACAGAUCAUCUCCCACAAACCAGAUGACCGACCUCCAUAUAAGGAAAAUCUUUGGGAUUAUAGCGGAUGUGAAAAUUUGCCUGCAGAGGAUUAAUCCAGCAUCAAGUGAGGCUGGAUCCAAAGAGCCUAGGAGACCCACAAACCCGUUGAAAGACAAAGAACUUCAUGUGCAGUACUGUUACACUCCUCAAGGCCCGGACAGCACAAGUGUUAAAAAAACAAAACGUUCCGCAGAUGGUAUUUUGCCGGGAGUUAUUGUUACUUUAAGUCCUCACGCACAUUAUCUGGACACAGAGCCAUUGGUGGGCUUAGUGGAGCCAAUAGAUGACGAUGAUCUUUCCAGCAUAGAAGAAAAUAACUCUCAGGACUCGGAUAUACAGACCCUCAACAGUAUUCCUACAAAUACAAGUAGAAUGGGAAGGGCCAGGAAGCGCACAAUGUGUCCAUGUUGUGUACCAGGUAGUUCAGGUCGGACAGCAAAGUCCAGCCUGAGGGUAGAGGAGCCAGAGAGGUUGCCAUGGACAAAGGACCACAUGAGUAAAAGUGGUGGACGCCAACAAAAAUUAAAAUCAAACAAAAGAAUGUAAUUGCCAACAAAUCAUUUCCAAGUGCUCAAGUCCUGCAUUAUUUAUUUUCUUGGAACGUCAUUCUUCACCAAGUAAAAAAAAAAAAAAGUUGGUGGGUUGCGACUGAAUAAAGAAGCAAUGCUGUGAAUAGUUUAUCCACAUCUUUAUUAAUUCCACAGGAGGGGUCAAAUACAACAGUUUGUCACAAGCAAUAUUGUACAAUAACCAAUUAUAGAGAACUUGUUUGUUGAAAAUAGGAAAAAACAAGGUAUAACUGUAAUUAUAUAGAUAUUCAUGAUGGUAUAUUUUAACAGGUAAACUUUAGUCAGAAUUUGUAAUUCUACUUUGGCAGUCUGUUUUAAUAACGGUUAUAACAUUGUGUUGUUUACGUUAGAAUAGGAAUUUGGAAAGUCCUAUACACUGCCUUGUAAAAAAUAGUGAAUAAUCACUGUCAUGGCAACCUAAGGUCUUACUUUACUGGUCUGCACCUUUAGUGAACCAGCCCGGCCUCUACUGCGCAAGCGUCAACACUGACAAUUUUGUUGUGAGUGCAUACUGUUAAGAUUUUUACUGCACUCUUAACUUGUGUGUUUAAGAGAUAUGACUUGUUUAGUCAUUUUACAACAUGUAUGACUUUAUAACAUUGUUAAAUUUAUACAAUAAAAACUAAUUGUCAAUAUCA